AUGCAACCACAAUUCUCAGUUCAAAAUGGAAACCACACUAUUUUUAUAGUUGGCAGUUCGGAUGAUGCAUUUACGAAGACUGGAUUCAGGAACUGGAAGAACGCUACAGGAGAAAAGGGAAAGCUGUGCAAGCAUGCCAACUCGCGGAUGCAUAUGCUCUCUGUUGAACGUAUGCAGCGUUUUAAAUCAGCAACGCCAAUCGACGUCCAACUAAACAAGGAAGCGGAGAAAAUACGAGGGAAAAAGGAACAGGAGAGGGUAGAAAAUCGACAUAUCGUGGAAACUAUUUUUGAUGUUGUUCGACAUUUGGCCAAACAGAACAGUUCUUUUCGUGGCCAUGACGAGUCGGAUGAUUCCAAAAACAAAGGUAAUUUCCUUGAAGAGCUUGAAUUUCUCUCCAAAUACCACGCACCAUUGAGAAAGUGGAUGGAUACCCAUCCCGAGAAUGUCUCGUAUUUCUCACAUGUGAGCCAGAAUGAGAUGAUCAGUAUUCUAAGCAAUCUCAUUACUGAAAUCAUAUGCAAUGAAAUACGUUCUGCAAAAUAUUUCUCCGUUCAAUGCGACGAGGUUACAUCUCACAAAAAGGCCUUCAUGUCAGUCAUACUUCGGUACGUGACGGAUUUUAAGAUAACUGAGAGGUGCGUCAGGCUUGUAAGAGUGUCUAGCUUAAAGGGAAUUUCUUUGGCUGAGGUGAUCAUUGAUAUAUUGAAGGACCUAAAACUUUCUCUAAAGGAUCUCAUUGGAAAAGGCUUUGACGGUGCAGCAAAUAUGUCUGGAAAGGACGAAGGCGUGCAACGACAUUUGACUGAAGCUGGAGCAGAGUUUUCGAUUUAUUUUCAUUGCUUUGCCCAUAGGCUCAACCUUGUCCUUGAACAAAGCGUAGAAACAGUUCCCCCAGUCAAGGCAAUCUUCGAAACAAUCGGGGACAUUUAUCGGUACAUGGAAGGGUCACCUAAAAGGCAUAAAAUAUACGAAGACCAUUUGAAAGCGAAUGGCAUUACGUCAGGCAAGAUGGCUAUCCACUCAUUCUCUGAUACGAGGUGGACUGCGCGCACUGAGAACUUGGAGGUUGUGAUUAACGUGUAUCCAGCACUGUUAUCAAUGUUUAAGAAACAGUCUGAGCAGAACAAUGACAGUGUUGCAACUGGAUUACUUGUGCGUUUAACUGGCCGUUUCGAUUUUUAG